AUGGACGUUCUCGGGCCCCCAGCUCCCGUUUCCUUUCGGGAGCCUCUUUCCAAACAUGAUCUGACCUUUCCCCCGAGUCCAGCAACGACAGUAAGGGAAGGUCAGUCCCACAGUGUCGCCGGUUCGGACUCAGACCUUCUUGACGAAGCCAACUUCGAAGGGACCCGCGGAUACUCCCUACCUCCCAAGUCUAGAGUCAACAAAGUCCUGGCAGAAGAUCUCAAAACACCGGAUCAUCAUGUUAUCAGAGACCCCCGGCUGAUACGCCUCACUGGUGUCCACCCUUUCAACGUCGAGGCUCCUCUAAGUGAACUGUACAACGAAGGCUUCAUCACUACCAAGGACCUACACUAUGUUCGAAACCAUGGAGCCGUACCCAAGUGUGACGACGAGGACAUGUUUGACUGGGAGUUUACCGUCGAAGGCGAGGUCGAGAACCCCAUCAAAAUGUCCGUCAGAGACCUCAUUUCAGACUAUGAGCAAAUCACAUACCCAGUUACACUCGUGUGUGCAGGCAACCGCCGAAAGGAGCAAAACGUCGUCCGCAAAACGAAAGGCUUCUCUUGGGGCGCCGCCGGGCUGUCGACGGCAAUCUGGACGGGUGUCGCCAUCGGAGAUCUUCUUUCCAGAGCCAAACCCAAGAGGGGUGCACGGUACGUCUGCUUCGAAGGCGCCGACAAACUUCCCAACGGUUAUUACGGAACAAGUAUCAAGCUCAACUGGUGCAUGGAUCCAAACCGUGGAGUCACCGUCUGCUACCGCAUGAAUGGCGAAUUGCUUCCCCCAGACCACGGGAAGCCCGUUCGCAUCAUUAUCCCCGGACAAAUCGGUGGCAGAAGUGUCAAGUGGCUCAAGAGAAUCAUAGUCACCAAAGAGCCGAGCAGCAACUGGUACCACAUCUACGACAACCGUGUUCUACCAACCAUGGUAUCCCCUGAAGCCAGUGCCGAUCUGCCCGACACAUGGAAAGACGAACGGUACGCAAUCUACGACCUCAAUACGAACAGCGCUACUGCAUUCCCGGCUCAUGACGAGGUCGUCUCCUUGGGCGGUGGCUCUCAGUCAUACAAAGUCCGAGGCUAUGCUUACAGCGGCGGCGGCAGACGUAUUACAAGAGUCGAAAUCACCCUCGACCGCGGCAAAACCUGGAUGCUUGCGAACUUCAACUACCCCGAAGACUCCUAUCGACUGGCACCCGAGGGCGAGACCCUUUACGGCGGUAGGAUCGAUAUGGACUGGAGGGAAACGUGCUUCUGCUGGUGCUUUUGGGACCUGGACAUUCCUAUCGCCCAGCUCGCUGACGCAGCAGACGUCAUGGUCCGCGCUAUGGACGAGAGCAUGAUGACACAACCAAGAGAUAUGUACUGGAGUGUCCUUGGCAUGAUGAACAACCCUUGGUUCAGAAUCAUCAUCCAUAAGGAGGGUCACCUCCUGCGGUUCGAGCACCCAACCCAACCGGUUCUGGGCGGCGGCGGGUGGAUGGAGCGUGUCAAGAAGGCUGGUGGCAAUCUUUCCAACGGUUUCUGGGGCGAAAAGGUUGCGGGAGAGGUCGAGACCGUAGUCGAGCAAGAGCCGGCAACGGAGAUAUGCAUGACCAAAGAAAGCGUUAAUCGGAGUGUUACCAUCGAGGAACUUCGUCAACACGACGGCGAAAACGAGCCCUGGUUCGUGGUCAACGGGGAGGUUUACGAUGGCACCCCUUUCCUAGAGGGUCAUCCAGGUGGUGCAACGUCGAUCACAAGCGCCGCGGGCCAGGACGUGUCGGAGGAGUUCUUGACUAUUCAUAGCGAAAACGCGAAGGCCAUGAUGCCAAAGUACCACAUCGGCACCCUGGACGAGCCCGGGCGAAAGGCACUCGCCUUGGGAGCCAUUGAGGAGGAGAUUGACAAGGGUCCGCGGGACGUUUUCCUGCAGCCCAAGGUCUGGACCAAGGGUAUCUUGACGGAGAAGAUCAAAACAUCUCCCGAUUGCAAGAUCUUCAGCUUCAAACUGGAGCACCCCGAUCAGGCCAUCGGCUUGCCGACCGGCCAGCACUUGAUGAUGAGGCUACGCGACCCGGUAACCCGCGAGGCCAUCAUCCGCGCCUACACGCCCCUCUCAGAGAGCAGCCAAAAGGGUAGACUGGAUGUGCUCAUCAAGGUUUACUACGACCUCCCGGGGCGGCCAGGCGGCAAGAUGACGCAGGCUCUUGACGCCAUCCCCGUGGGCCACUGGGUCGACUUCAAGGGCCCUGUCGGCAAGUUCGAGUAUCUCGGCCAAGGUCUCUGCAACAUUUCGGGCAAAGAGAGGCGCAUCAAGCGCUUCAUCAUGGUUUGCGGUGGCUCUGGGAUAACACCCAUCUUCCAGGUUCUUCGCGCUGUGAUGAAGGAUCCAGAGGACCGGACGCAAUGUCUUGUGCUCGAUGGCAACCGCGCCAAGAAUGACAUUCUCUGCAAGCAAGAUCUCGAUACCAUGGCUAGCGCAUUCCCUGAUAAGUGCAAGGUGGUCUAUACCCUCACGCAGCCUCCGCCCGAAUGGGAGGGGCUGACCGGUUACUUGGACCAGGCCGUCCUUGAGAGAGAGGUCGGCACAUGUUGCAACGACGGCAACGGCGAGGAGAUGGUGCUGAUCUGCGGCCCGCCACCACUGGAGGCGAGUGCGCGAACCAUUCUUGCCGGAAUGGGCUGGAAGGAUGAGGACUUCCUCAUUUUUUAA